UCGUUUUGAAUAUACGUUUAGACCGGCGUGCGAGACAGUGAAAUCAAUCAGUCAGUCGGCAGCUGUCCGGAGACGCCGUUGAAUGUGCACUAAUUAGAGCAUUAAUUAAAUAAAAAGCAAAAGUCAGUAUACAACAACAAUAUGGUGGCCCAAUCGAAAAUAAGCCAGGUGUUCAGCUAUCAGAACUGGGUGCAUGCCGUCUCGGGCGCAGCCGGCGGCUGCAUAGCAAUGAGCACCUUUUAUCCACUGGACACCGUGCGCUCGCGCCUUCAAUUGGAGGAGAGCGGCGAAGUGCGCAGCACAAAGCGUGUUAUCAAAGAGAUAGUCUUGAAUGAAGGAUUCCAGUCGCUGUAUCGUGGACUUGGGCCAGUUCUGCAAAGCUUGUGCAUUUCGAAUUUUGUCUAUUUCUAUACAUUCCAUGCCCUCAAGCUGGUCACCUCAAAUGGGGCGCGUGGACAGCAGAGCGCCUUGAAGGAUCUCUUGCUGGGCAGCAUUGCGGGCGUCAUAAAUGUGUUCACAACGACCCCGUUCUGGGUAGUGAAUACGCGUUUACGCAUGCGCAACGUGGCCGGCACUUCCGACGAGGUGAAUAAGCACUAUACAAAUCUGCUCCAAGGCCUCAAAUACGUGGCCAAAACGGAGGGACUGUCCGGCCUCUGGUCGGGCACCAUACCCUCCCUCAUGCUAGUCUCCAAUCCCGCGCUACAGUUCAUGAUGUACGAGCUGCUCAAACGGAACCUGAUGAUAUUCACGGGCGGCGAAAUGGGCAGCCUGAGCUUUUUUGUAAUUGGCGCCAUUGCAAAGGCAUUUGCCACCGUGCUCACCUACCCACUGCAGUUGGUGCAGACUAAGCAACGUCAUCGCACCAAUGAUACGACCAACACCCCCUCCACAUCCGAGCAGGCAGGCAAGCAGCAAAAGACGCCAUCGAUGCUGGAGAUUAUGGUCAGCAUACUGCAGCAUCAAGGCAUUGGCGGUCUCUUCCGUGGCCUGGAAGCGAAGAUUCUGCAAACGGUGCUAACAGCGGCGCUGAUGUUUAUGGCCUAUGAGAAGAUCGCUGGAAUAGUUAAGCUGCUGUUGAAACGAUCCGCCUAAGAAGUUUCUAGUCUAUGCGUAAUUUAACUACAAAUACUUUAAAUGUAAGCUAAGUGGACACGAUGGGAUAUGGAUACUGAAAGCACACAUGUACACUCCAAAGUUA